UGGGUGUGUCAACUCCUAUCACUUCUCCUGCCUGGAUCCCCCCCCUGGACCCAGCCAAUCCCCCCCGAGGGAGAGUGGUUCUGCCCGUCGUGCGUGACGCGGAGAUCGUUCGGCUCCCUUCUCAACAACCUUUCAAGGGAGCCGCAACGAGACUUCCAGCUCCCGGCGGGAAUCCGGGACUACUUCCAGGGCGUGCGGACAGGGCAGGACGGGGUGUAUGAGGAGGUGGCAACCAACGUUAGACCGCGCCCCAAGGGAAACCGAUCUGGCCGCUACGAUGAGUCGUACCUGUGCCGCUUGUACGAUAGCAAGGGCCGACUCAUCGUGUGCGUUGCCUGCGGCCAGACGUCUAACGGCAAGCGCCCCAUCAUCCAAUGCGACUACUGUCCAUGCUCUUGGCACAUGGACUGUGUCGACCCGCCCCUGGCGAUUCCGCCGAACCAGAAACACGGCAGCGACAAGGUAUAUCACAACUGGAUGUGCCCCAACCACAUCGAGCACGAGCUGUACGUGGUGCACAUGGACAACAGCGGGUACGCCGGAAAGACUCGCAUCCGGCGUCCCAGGCACCCUCGUGUCAUCGAUGUCGAUGUCCUGCCGGAGGAUGGGGAGGCCGAAAAGCUCGAAGAGCAGGAAUCCCAGGGGAUCGUAUACCGGGUCUCCGAGCGUGGCCUGAAACUCAAUUUUAUCGAACGGGUCAAACGGGAGAACUUGGAGGCGGAAAUACGGUCUGCCGGGGCAGCUCAGUAUAGCGCCCAUGCCCGCAAGAAGGUGGACGACCUCGUGGACCGCGCGACAGCCUUUUACGAGGCUGCUCGCCCACAGGCGCCUCUUCUUGCGGAUGCAGAAAGCGCUAUCCUGAGCUCCCGCUCCGCUGCAGACCGGGAAGCCAUCGACAAUCUGGUCUCGUUUGCGAACCAAAACCGGGCAUCGAGAAUCUUCAAUCCGACAAGACCAACCUUCUCAUCGAUGCGCUGCUGGCUUCAGCUCCGGGGAGUGUGCCCCAGGCGCCCACGGAGCUGGAGUCCCUUCACGCGUUGA